CGCUCCAGCCAGCCUCAGCGGCCGCGCGAGCUCCAGCGGUCGUGCCGGCCGGGGCGAAGGGAGAGCGAGACCGAGCUCCGGGAGUCCCGGAGAAGGGAACCAAGCAAGCGCACCCCGUCCGACCCCGCGGCGCCGCGCCAGGCGGCAUGGAGAAGGACGGCCUGAGCCGCGCCGACCAGCAGUAUGAGUGCGUGGCCGAGAUCGGGGAGGGCGCCUAUGGGAAAGUGUUCAAGGCCCGUGACCUGAAGAACGGAGGCCGAUUCGUGGCACUGAAGCGCGUGCGGGUGCAGACCGGCGAGGAGGGCAUGCCGCUCUCCACCAUCCGCGAGGUGGCGGUGCUGAGGCACCUGGAGACCUUCGAGCACCCCAACGUGGUCAGGUUGUUUGAUGUGUGCACAGUGUCUCGGACAGACAGAGAAACCAAACUGACACUGGUAUUUGAACAUGUUGAUCAAGACCUGACCACUUACUUGGACAAGGUUCCUGAACCUGGAGUGCCCACUGAAACCAUAAAGGAUAUGAUGUUUCAGCUUCUUCGAGGUUUGGACUUCCUUCAUUCUCACCGAGUGGUACAUCGUGAUCUAAAACCACAGAACAUUCUGGUGACCAGCAAUGGACAAAUAAAGCUGGCUGACUUUGGCCUUGCCCGCAUCUAUAGUUUUCAAAUGGCUCUUACUUCAGUGGUUGUCACACUGUGGUACCGCGCUCCUGAAGUCUUGCUCCAGUCCAGCUACGCCACCCCUGUGGACCUCUGGAGUGUUGGCUGCAUAUUUGCAGAAAUGUUUCGUAGAAAGCCUCUUUUUCGUGGAAGUUCAGAUGUGGAUCAACUAGGAAAAAUCUUGGAUGUAAUUGGACUCCCAGGAGAAGAAGACUGGCCUAGAGAUGUGGCCCUGCCCAGGCAGGCUUUUCAUUCCAAACCUGCCCAACCCAUUGAGAAGUUUGUAACAGAUAUUGAUGAGCUAGGCAAAGACCUACUUCUGAAGUGCUUGACAUUUAAUCCAGCCAAGAGAAUAUCUGCCUACAGUGCCCUGUCUCACCCAUACUUCCAAGACCUGGAGAGGUGCAAGGAGAACCUGGAUUCCCACCUGCCUCCCAGCCAGAACGCCUCAGAGCUGAACACAGCCUGAGGUCUCCAAGCUGCCUCGAGCUGACCAUCUGGAGCCCGUGGCCUGCAGCAGGGACCCCUGCACAGGCCCUGCAGAGCUGUUGUGCCUCACUGGCUAGAGGCUUCCAGCUGCCAUCUUCGCUUGGGCUCUGCUUCUCCAAGGAAACCGCCUCGUUUACUGUUUUGAAAUCAAUGCAAGAGUGAUUGCAGCUUUAUGUUCGUUUGUUUGUUUGUCUGUUUGUUUGUUUCAAGAACCUGGAAAAAUUCCAGAAGAAGAGAAGCUGCUGACCAAUUGUGCUGCCAUUUCAUUUCUCUAACCUUGAAUGCUGCCAGUGUAAAAUGGAUAAUCCAGGCACAGCUGAGUUAUGACGUAAUCUCCCUGCAGCUGUUGGACCUGAUUUGGUACUUUUGAGUGUGUGUGUGUGUGUGUGUGUGUGUGUGUGUGUUUCUCUGAUCUCUUAAAGUGUUACUUUUUGUAAAUGACAAUAAUUGAAUUUUAAAGGCCCAAGGUGACCACAAAUAACAGGCACUCACUCGAUCACUAAAUGUGCUCUGCUCAAAUUAGUUGAGCCUACGUCCUCAGCAUUUCUUUACUGGUCCAAAACAGUAAAAUUUGCUAGCAAUAAAAGAUGAAGUUUCAGGCACACAACAAAAAGGAAAAACAUUCUAGUAUAUUUUAAGAGACCUCUUUUUUAAAGCAUGCAUUUUAUUAACUCUUCCAAAAGCUGAAUUUACUUCUUUUAAGUCUAUUUGAACCUUCUCUGUAGCCACCAUUCUUUAUUGUUUCUUUUGUAAAAUACCUAUAUGCUUUUUAUGAUUUGCUUUACAUUUAGGGAAUGUACCUCAAGUAGGUUAAAAAAAAAUAGAGGAUAGCUUUUAUUUUCUGGUUUGAUAUGUCACUAUUACUUUUUUGAGUUUUGUUGUUAUUUUGUUUGUGUUAAACAUUUUUCAGAAACUGUUUCCUGUCUUGGUUUGGAGAGUAGUUCUCUCUGACUAAAGACAAGAAUGGCAUUUAAAUUGUCUUUACUAUUACACUGUACUUUUUACCAUGCACUGCCUUGUUUGCAAAGUGCCUAUCUUAUCUAUCUGCUGGCUCCCUGAUAAAUACUGCUGCCCUUACAUAACCUAACAGCUGAUUGUUGAAGCUGAUCCACACACCCACCUGCCCACCUUCUUCCAGUGAAGCUUUCAGUAGUUCUGAGUUUCAGGGUAUGGUUUAUGGUCUCCAUUCUGUAGUCUGCCCAGUAACCCAUAUGUCCCCUCUUAUCACAGUCCUGGCUUGUGUUCACAAAUACUCUCUAGGUGGCGUGCAGGAUACUUUUCUUUUCUACUGCUAGCACAUAGGUUACUGUAAACUGUUAACUGUUGUUUUCUGUUUUUAUAGAAUAUAUCGUAAGUGUGGUAUCUGAGGGGAUGUCUUAACUGUCUUUUUUACCUUUUUACUUUCUGAAGUGAUCUUUCUCAGCUUUGAGGUUGUUUCAAACACCUUACACUUGCUCCUGUCCUCUGCAGCACCAGUCUGACCAGGGCACUAUAAACAGCUUUACUUUUUCUCUGGCUGUCUUCUCUUCAGUCCUUUACCUUCCACACCACCUCUGCCUUACCCAUGGUUUAGUGCUGAAUGGGCUUUGGGAACCAGAAGACAUAGUAAGUAUCUUUUUUGGGAAAUUUAACUGCCUAUGAUUUCUGACUCAGGUUUUGAAUGCAUGCAGCAAACAGCUAGAUUAAGUUUGGAGAAAAUUUUUAAAGAAUGGCUGUUGCUUCACUUAGCAGAGUAUUUUGAGUGAUUGCUGUGCAUUACCAGUACUCAUUGAAUAGCUUAAUAUGGCUCUUUUUUAAUGAAGAAGAAUAAUUUGAAGAAGAAAACAAUGUAGAUGUUUCUCCUUUGUGGCUUCUGCAGUUGAGAUCCUUUUUCUUUUUCAAACAGUUCUGAACCCAGGGAAUGCUGAGCCGUAUCCCCAGCCCUCUCCCCCUCCUCCUUUUAUUUUUAUUUCAUUUUUAGACAGUUUUCACUUAGGAUCUCAAGUUUGUGUUCCUCCCAGGUAGCUGGGAUUAGAGGUGUGUGCCACCAAACCUGACAGGAACCAUUGCUUUUUUAAAUGCAUACACAGUUUGACAAUGCUCCAGUGCAGUAGCUUCAGGAACAGAAUUCUUUAAAAACAAGCUAUAAAAGAAAAGCUACACACAUCUGUCAUCCCAGUACUGUGAGGCUAAGAAAGGAGGGUCAGAAGUUCAAGUCUAUCCCAGGCAACUUGGUGACAUAGUGAAAUUUUGCCUCAAAAAUUGAAAACAAGUAAAUUUUUAAAAUGCACUGGAAAUGUAGCUCAAUAUGAAGGCCCUGGUUUCAGUUCCCCAGUAUUGCAAGGAAAAGAAGAAGAAAAGUAAAAGUAAAGGGAGGGAACAUGGAUUAUUUUAUACUUCUUCAUGUGGCAGCAUUCAUGAGGUGUUGUCACCACUAUAAAUGCUAAGAAUAGUGAAACCAGACAGUCAGAGGUAAAGUAUACUCAAAGUUUCACCUGGAAAACAAAUUCUGCUGUUUUGUUGAUCAAGGUUCAGAAUACACGGACACUCAUGCCGGAGCCUAGAAAUUGAAUUUAAAAACUCACUGCACUGAUUGAUCAUGAUCUUUUGGCUAAUCCAUGCAUUAAGGUGAACAUUAAGUUUAUACAUUUGUAAAAGUUUUUUAGUAAGUUCCCUCAAGAAAAGUGCAACUGUUCUAAACUGGAGUUUUUCAGCAUCCUUAUAAUUGAGUUCAACUUUUAUUUCUGCAUUUGCUUUGGACUUAUUUCUAGUUAGCAUUUGUAAAGAAUUAAAGCACAAACAUUCUGGCAUUAGCUGCCUGGCACACUACCCUCUGAUGACAGAAUGAAAGGGCAUCUCACCUCUGAACUUUGUCUCGCCCUAGUUUUUCCAGAGGUGUUGCUCUUGAGCACUUACUCUCUUUAUGUAUGUCUUCAACACUCAAGCUCACAAUUUCUGAAGUCCAGAUCCACCUAGAAGUCCUACCAUUAGAGCAUUUCGAAGCAUACAGCAAAAUACAAACUUUAUGAAAAAGCCUGUUCUGUGACCUAUGCUUUCAGAUAUCUUUGCCAAAAGGUAGGUAGUGUUUAACUGUAAGGGUUAACUUCCCUGGGGCUCUCUCUUAAAGCAACUUACUGCAGGCACAGAGUAUCAGGACAGAUUUGAAAGCACAUUUGACUUACAGUAGGGCUAGUGCAAGAAUGUGCCUGAUAGCUUCUGUUUGCAGUUUGGUUCUGGUGGUCCAAGGAUUGUGACAACUGUUGUGUAAGGUGGAGUUUUAGUAACCUUGAUAGAAAAAGAAACCUGUUUUUAGUUUAUCAUAAGCUGUUGCAUGGUGAAGGCUGACACUGACCUUAAAAACAAUUCCUGAGAACUUGUAAGAACCCAGUGCGUGGGAGCCUCCUACUCUGUGCUCUUUAAAGAAUAGGGGAGCUCGGGGAGCAGAGAAUCUGCUUGAAAUAACACUUGGGACCAUUUCAACCUCAGUAAUUCUCAUGAUUUGCUCUCAGGAAGCACACUGUGAAUGGUAGAAUCUUCAUUUAGCCCCAGGUGACCUACUAAAAAUAGUUCAGAGUUAUUCACCUAAGAAUAUAAUGUCAGCAUGUUAGUUUUAAGGAAAAAUGAAAAUAUCAGAAGGCACAGGAUAUCGGUAUCUUCAUAUGUUCCUUUGAGUAGAAAAAUACUCUUUGACUCCAGUAUGUGGUUCUGUCCAUCUUAUGAUAAUCAACAGUACCAAACAUUUUAAACUUUAAAUUAUGUAUGAGUAUCUAAAUUGGUUUUUAAGUAACUGUAGCUGCUUAUCUUUAAAAGGUGCCUAUUCACUAAUGGCAGUUCUCAUUCUAUUUUAGAAAUUAAAUCAUGUACACUUCCUAAUAUCAUAGACAUAUCGAAAUUAAUCUAUCCAAAGAACUUCUUUUAAAUGAAAACUUGACUAUUUUAUGAUAAGCACAUGAGAGUAUCUCAUAUUUUAUUUUCCAGCCAGAAACAUACUUUUGUUGCAUACUUGGGUCUAAGAAAGAACAAUGUAGAAGUUACUAUGCCACCAUAGUUACUUGUGUAUAUUGGUAGAAUUCAAAAUGCAUGUUUGACAUUCUAACAUAAAAAUAACGAUAUUGCAUAAUGUCUAAAUCCUUUAAAAUUAUUUAUAAAACGAUUUUGGAGAAAUUAUAUUUCAAGCAGUAGUUUUUAAAUAACAUUUUAAAAGGUAUAUUCUUUAAUCAUCAAAUAUAUUGUAAGAAUUAUAUUAAAAUCACUUGGCAACUGUGGACUUGACAUGUUCAAAAACCAAUUUUCUAGAGAAACUAUCCCAAGCACAAAUUAUCUUUUUAAAGAUUGAGCCAAGUAAACUAAAUUAUCCAUAUUCCUUCCUCUUUUUGUAGGAAGAAGCAGCCACCCAAAGCUACACUUGUUAUACAUGCCUAAGAAUAUAUUCUCUAUAAAAGUAAGUAAAUCAUUGGAAGGCAUGCAUUUCCUAUGCUAGCAGGAUUUCUGAGAAAUUGCAGACCUUACCCACAACCCCUUUUUCCUAUGCAUUAAGUACAUACAGAUAUAUAACGAAGACGUUGGCAUGCUUCUUAUUCACAAUAGAAAAACAACUUGAGGCCACCAAAACCUGACAAACAAUAUUUAGCUCAGUGGCGUAAGUGCCUGCCUUGCAAGCGCGUGGUCGUGAAUCUGAUCCCUGGUACCAGUAAAAAAAAAAAAAAAAAAAGCCAACAAUAUAUGAGUACUGGAAAAGAAAUGUGGAGGUUCUUCAAUGGCAUGAGAAAGGCAUUUUCAUGCCUUACUGACUUCCUUUUGUCUCAAUAUACUUUUCAGCCCAAUUUUGAUAACGUAGUUGUAUUUCAACCAUUUAUAACUUCUAUUACUUUACAAAAUAAGCCAGAACUAUUCCAUUCGAUUGUCUGAUGUUUGUACACAGUGGAACUGUAGAAAAAGAAAGUUUCUGAUUUUUAAAUUUUUUUCAAUUAUUUCUUAGCAUUCUCAAAGAGUUAGUUUAAUGUGUUUCCUUGACCCUGGUAAUCUGGCCUUCAAGAAAAAAAAAGGAGCUACCUGAAAAUAUAGGCUGUUUUUUCAAGCGUCUAUUGAGAUAUUAUUACAGUAUUUUAAAUUUAAUAUGGUAAGAACGGAAGAUAGCUUCUCUUGUAAAAAUCUGUUUUACAAUUCAUUCUGUCCUAAGAGCCGGGCUUUUUGUUUUAUUCCAGUGUAUCCCACAAGGUGGCACUUUAAGAGAAAAAGUAAAAUCUAACCAAGGCUAGAGAGAUACUUCUAAAGACAUCAUUCUAACUUUAUUUUUCUGCACAUUUUAACUAUUGGCCUAGCACUUGUUUAAUAAUUAAUAGUCUUCAUAAUGUUCUGUAAGUUACUUUGUUUCUUAGGUAGGUUCUGAACAGUUGUUUAUGCUUUAGGAUGGCUUAUGCAUAAAUAGUUCGAUCACUUAAAUGAGUAAAGCCCAGUCAUUCAUUUAUUCAACAUUUUUUGAGGUUCCUAAUUACCUCACUUUUCUACUUUAGGCAGACUUACUAAAAAACAACCCUUAUCUGUGAAUAGGACAGUUUUGUUAGGAGUAUAAAGCUCAUGGCUCCAUCAAAACACCCACACCCAUCUACUACUUUCGCAUCCCCUACCAUCCAGCUUUGAGCAGUCCAGCUUUAAAGUCCUAACUUAAAAAUCUGGUAAGCAAAAUAAAUAAUGUUUCAGUAAGUAGGUUGGCAAAACUCAAGAAGCUAUGCUGAAGCAGGAGACUCAGAACCCUUAAAAGCAUGUAAUUUUUACAUUUGUGUAGUCAGAAAUGUAAAUUCUUAUGCAAUUGGGAAAGGGCUGGGCGUGUAGCUCAGUGGUAGAGUGAUGGCCUAUACGUGCCAGCCCUGGGCUCAAUCGCCAGUAUCACAAAAAUUGGAGUCUUGUCUAAGUAUGUGAGCAUAGCAACCAGAGCGUGUCCACCUAAGUAUGUAAUUUCUCCACUCUGCAAGUCUUUUAGCAACUUUAUGCAAUAUAUAUUGUUUCUAAGUUCACAUUUCUGCUCAGAGGCCUAUUAUGCCUUCCCCAGUGAUCUAUGAAAUUUGGGAGAAAGGAAAUUAGUGUUUUUAAGUUUCUUUAGCAUAACACAAGGCAGUUGACUCCUGAGUUGCAGACAAUGGGCUUGCUUUCUUCAGAGGGAGUCACUUGGAACUGCCUGAGAUAAAGCCCUGGCACUAAUUCAUCCCCCCCGCACCCACCAACACCACACUGAAAGGCCAGAUUCAAACCUGGGGAUUGUAGGUUUGUUGUCCAGGCCAGUCUGAAAUCCACGGCUCCUGGACCCAACCCGACCCAACCUGGGCAUCUCAGGUGCAGGGAUCUUUGCUGCCCUGCACCUUGGCCUGUGAGUGGCAGGAGCUGAGCUGCUCGGGACCACAGGCCGGACACUGUCCUGGCCAGCUAGGCCCCCCGCUGCUGGCUCAGAGGCAUCUGCUCUGCAGUCUUAGGGAAUAAACUGGCCCUAAAAGCACACAGGUGUCUUCUGUGCAUCAAGAAGUACAACACAACCCUCCUGACCCUGGAAAACAGAGAGAUGCAAUAGACUGUUAAUUGCAAAGCACUCUACCGGGCAUCUCCAGUGCUAAGGUCAGCUUUUUUGUUUUUGUUUUUCAAAGAGAAGAUAAUUAAAGGGGUUUUGUUGGAGGUUUUUUUGUUGUUGUUUGUUUGUUUUUGUUUUUAUUGUGUUUUUUGUCAUUUUACAUGCUUGAUGGCAAAAGACAUAUCUGAAAAUUUUUUAAGAAAUUAUUCAUUUUCUACAUCACCUUCAGUUGGCAGGAGCUACCUUGUUAGCUUCCAGUUUUUAUUGCCAAGCAAUUAAAGGUAUGAAAGAAAAUGACGUCAUGUGAUGGGGGGAUUUUCUUGUGCAGAGGACCGUUUGUGUGAUUGCUCAUAUAAAUUAAGCCCUUCUGUAUUUGAGGAGUUUGGGUUUUCAGAUGCAGAUUUUCUUAAUGGGUACACAUAACUGCAUACUGAUAGCCAUAUCCUACAUGGCACCAGCCAGCAAACUAGGAGCCACACAGUUGUUUAAUUUGUACUCUGUGGUUUCUAGCCAAAUUCUGUUGAUGUGUUUAGGUUAAAGUUCUGUAGAUACUCUUUGUGCCCCGGAACGUUCUAAUCUUACGCUUAAUGAAAUACAGUAAUUUGUAUUUAUGUGGUCACCAGAACACAGUUUGACUCUGAAGGCUCUGAAAAAUUAGAUUCAGCAGUAACACAUCUCUUGAAUUCCCAAGUAUAUCAUGUAUGCUUCACUCUCGGUCCUCUGCAACAAUAGGCACAUGUGUGUUACAGUUCCUUACUUAAUUUGUAUUCACUUGUUUUCCUGUGAUUAGUAAGAAUUGUAUUAGUACAUGGAAUGAAUAGCAUCCUAGGAACAGCACUUAAAAGGUGUCUGAUUUUUUCAAGUUGUUCGACAUUUGCAUAAGUUAUUUCUAUUAUUCAUGUAUAUUAUUUAUUUGAGUCACACUAGUCCUGUGAAAGUGCAACUGAAGGUUAAGAAUUGCAUUUAACAUUCAUUGUGGCCUUGAUAGAGCAAAGGAAAUAAAACUUAGACCAAGUCCCCAAAUAAGCUGCAUGCAUUUCUACAUGAUAGUAGGUUUAAGUGUAUGGUUUUAGUACUUUUGAUGUCUAGGUGUUUUAUUAUUAUGUAAAGGAAUUAUAGUUGUUGCUUUUGUCAAGUGUGCAUUUAGUUUAGUGUAAAAUUACAGCAAAAGUAAAAGCUAAAGGUAGGAAAGCAUUUUAGAAACUGCCUUGACGUAGGAACUAUGCCAGGUGGCCAGCGAAGUAGAUGCCCACCAGAGGCAGGUGUGUGGGGUGCCUCUUGGCUGGCCUUGUGAGGAAGUUUCUCGCACGAUCUAGUGCUGCUGUGGGUGUUCCACACAGCAGUGGAACAGGUAGUACUGUUCAGAGGGAAGCAGUGCUGUAGCUGCUUUGUUGGAACAGAAUUAGCAGCUUACGCCUUGAGGCUUCCAGAGUGUGUCUGAUGGAAGAGUCCAAGAUUGCGUCCUUUGGGCAACUUUGCUGUGUACAGAAGCAGUCCAACCUGUUCAUAAAAAUCUAGGGUUGCAGUAAUAGGUUUUAAUGACAGCAAGUCCCAAAGCCAAAAGCUUGUUGCAUUUUAGGUUGAUCUGAAGGUUAAAGGGCAAGUGUUCAGUAUAGAAGAGCAGUAUGUGUUAAGAAAAGCACAGUAUCAGUUCCCACACAGUGCAGAUUAGAGCUAGAGAGUUUUAGAGAACUGUCAUUUCUGAGAUAUGUUAAAAGUAUAUUUAACUGUAAUAUGCAUUAGUGCUUCUGCAUUCCCAUAGUUUUAAAACUUUCAGGUUUUGCCAAAGCUAUCAUAUGUAGUAAACUUUUUUCCUGAUUUAUUCUAGAAAAUGUUUUGAAAGUUAAAGAAACUCUUAAUCUGAACAUUUGCCUCAUGGGUUUCUUGUUUGAAGUCAUAGAAUUAUAGAGAUUGCACAUAUCAGACGCUAAUCUAGGCUGUGUGAAGAACCAGCCCAAGAUGACCAAUACUCCCACAUCCUACACCUCACCCCUACAGCUCUUCCUCCUUCCACUAAGGUGCUCUGUGCCACCAGGUUAGCUUGUCCAUCCUCCUCUGAUGAUUUGGGGGCACUGGGGACAUGGUGAGAGAUACCUUAGGUACCACAGUUUGCCUACAUAGGUCUGUCCACCACCCCCACUUGACCUUGGGCUCCUGAUGCCAGGCACAGAAUGUGCUGGUGAUACCAAUCAAAUAUGCCUUCUAGCAUCUUUGUAUGCAUCUUGACAUUUAAACCAAGUCAUUAUCCAGAGCAUUCAGUUUUGGCUGUGGUCCCAAGAGAGAAACUAACCAAGAAUACAAACCACAUUCCAAGCUGCUAUUUUCUAUCCAUCUACAGGCUAUACUUUUCCUGUAUUUUCUUCAUACUUGAAAUUCAUUCUGCUAUUUUAAUAUCAGGGUACAGACAUCAGGGUGCAUGUUCCUUCAAGGUGCAUAAUGACUCUCAUUCCGUUUGCUUGUGUUGCCACAGAAUGCUCUGUUUUGGUGCUUUCAGUUAAACAGGUCAAAGAAGCAGUGUGAAAAAUCCCUGCCUGGACCACAGUCUUACAACAAUGCUGGCAGAUGGCUUGGUGUCAGAUGUUGCUUCUGCUCUUUCCUCUGAAAACAAGAUUAAGAGUUGCCACAUUGGCCAGUCAGGUCCACACAAGUAUCUUUAUUCAUGAAUAUACAAGCCCUAUGCUCCAGCCUCAGGUGGGUGUAGCACAACCUCUGAAGCAGGGACCUGCCUACCUGUUCAAAUUAUUAGCCCUCAAGGAAAAAUGACCUUGGGUACACAUAACAACAGAAUGGGAAGGGCCAGGUGGGCCAUCUCGGGACCUUCUCUCCAAUUCCAUAUCGAAAGCCUUCCUGAGACCAAAACAAGAAAGGAAGGAAAGAAGGCUUAUCUCAGGUUACCCUCAGCUGAAUGCACUCGCUCCCUUUGAAGCAGAUGAAAAUACUGGUCCAUUUAUCUAAACCCUUCCCACUUGAAAAGGAAAACAGAAAAAUAGGUGUUAGUGUCACGUAAAGUAUGUCAUUCAAGGAGCACCACAACUUCUAGUAAAUACCCCGUCACUAGGAAUGCUUUUAGAAGUGUGUCAAGUGAGCUAUGCUUUCUGACCCAGGGCUUCUGAGGUCAGAUGCAGCCAAUCUAGUGUGUCUCAUUCCAAGAUUUGUGCGGAGAAGGAGCACUGCAGUGGUGAUUCUGUUGCAAUGGCAAAGGUGACAGGUCAGAAAAUUCAGAGGGUUACAGACCAAUAAUCCUUUGAAAACUGGAUGUCUUACUGGGUGCUAGAAUGGAAAUUUAGGUAUUUAUUAUCAAAUAAUGCAAUUCAUUGUUUUUUUCAAAACUAGUGUUGAAAUGUUACUGUCCAUUUUGUUCACCUAUGCUCAAGCUCAGUUGAUUGAAGCAAAAAGAAAAUAAUUUGUACAUUUGUCAUACCAUUUGUAUUUCUUACAAUAAAAAUAUCAGUAGCAAAUAAAAACCACAAUUUUAAACUGC